GGGCCUCGAUUCCCAGGCCAGGCCCACUCGAAAUUUCCGAGGUCCCUAAAAACCAAACCGCACGGGGUCAUCCGGGCCCACAAGCCGGCUUCGAGACCCCAUUCCUUAAAAAAGUGAAAAGAAUAAAAAAAGGCCCCCAAUCCGCGCACCGCUGCUUCCCAAUGGCGGGGUUCGCCGGCGACGACCCCUUCGGCUGGGACUUCGAUUUCGAGGACGACGGCGACGACUACGCGUUCGGCUACGACCCAUUCGACGACUACUGCGGCGGCGGAGAUGAGGGCGAGGAACUAAUCGGCGGCCCCGUCGUCGACGACGGCGACGGCGAGGAGUUCUGCAUCUCGGGUUUCGCAUUCCGCGAGGACGACGGCAAAGGGGGCGACGACCUCAUGGGCGAGGACCACGCGUCCCAGCCCUCCCACGAGGAUCCCAUUCUGGAAACCUUAGGCCGCUCCUUCGACUCCGACGGAGGCUUCGGCCAAUUCGUCCCUCACCUCGUGUCUGCGUUGGACACCUCCGAGGAGGAGGACGAAUUGAUCGCCGGGGAUUACCGGGGCGGCGGAGGCCUCGAACUCGAGCGGGGGGCGGCCGUCGAGGAGGCUGCCGACGACGAAGACGACGACGACGACGACGGGAUCGGGCUCAUGCUGGGCGGGUUCAGCUUCGAUCCGCGGCCGGUCGUUGGGGGCUUCCAGACGCUGGUGGACACCGACGAGGAGGUCACCAGCGACGACGAUAUGGGCCAGGAGGGAGGGCUCAUGCUGAGCGGGUUCGACCUCGAGCCGCCACGGGUCUUUGCCCAGGUCGUGCGGCCCUCCUGGAUGGUGUUGGGUGCGGGCGCCGAGGACACCGAUCCCGGCGACGCCGACAUGAACCUUCUCGAGGUGCUCGCAGCCGCAGCGCACGUUGGGGAAGCCGUGCGUCAGCUGCCGGCGUCCCGCGCAGCAGUGGAGGGCUUACAGGAGGUUGUGCUCAGCGAAGAGGAGGCCUCGCACGGCUGCGCCGUGUGCAAGGAUGUCAUCGCGGCGGGGCUCAGUGUCCUAAAGCUCCCCUGCAAGCACUACUUCCACGCGGAGUGCAUCCGGCCGUGGCUAGCCAUCAGGAACACUUGCCCCGUGUGCCGGUUUGAGCUCCCCACUGGUGAUGCUGAGUAUGAUCGGCGACAGAGCAGGACCCGUACUGCAUCCGUGGAGCAACAGGGGGCACAAGUGCAGAGUGGACCUGAGCAAGGCGCGUCUUGAUGAUGGUGGUGGCAGAGGACUGGCUACCGGAUGCUGACUAACAAGGAUGCUGAACUACUAACCAGCCGAAGUACAUCGAGCGCGUCGCCGGUUCCUGUCAGCGGCACUAAGAAGAUGAUGCUGUGCCAGCGUUCAACAUCCACUGAUAAUUAACUAUGUUUUUAUGGUAAUGACAUGAAUUGUUCAACCUCUGCAGGUUGAUCUGCUCAGUUCUAAUAUAAACUCAAUAGCCUUUCCACCUUAA